AGACCUAUUUGCGUGGGUUUUUCCUCUAUUGCGGAAGAGUCCAUGUAAACGGACUGAGAUUACAAAUUAAACUUUUCAAUAAUAUUCGGUUAAGUUUGCGACUAUCCUGAAAUAUGCCGAACUACGCAGAUGGUCUCCAGGAAUUUGUAGAGAACCAUGUGAUUGCUCUCAUAGUUACCUUUGUUGCAGGGGUCGGUGUGCUGGCCCUGCGUAGGUGGAUGGCAGGGGGAGUGUGUCGGAGCAAGGCUAGGCUUGAUGGUAAAACAGUCCUUAUCACAGGAGCCAACACUGGGAUUGGGAAGGAGACGGCCCUGGAUAUGGCUCAGAGAGGGGCCAGAGUGAUUCUAGCCUGCAGGGACAUGACCAGAGCCCGCAUUGCAGCAGAUGAAAUUCGACAGCGGAGCGGGAACGGUAAUGUGGUGGUAAAGAAACUGGACCUUGCCUCGCUGCAGUCUGUCAGAGACCUGGUCAAAGAUGUCCAGGAGAACGAGGCGCGCUUGGACAUCCUCAUUAACAAUGCAGGUAUUAUGAUGUGUCCUAAGUGGGAGACUGAAGAUGGCUUUGAAAUGCAGUUUGGUGUCAACCACCUGGGACAUUUUCUCCUCACCAACUGCCUGCUUGACCUCCUGAAGAAGUCAACUCCAAGUCGCAUUGUCAUUGUUUCUAGUGUGGCACACCAGAAAGGUCGUAUACACUUUGAUGAUAUCAACCUUGAUAAAAGCUACAAUCCUGAAAAGAGCUACCGUCAAAGCAAGCUAGCUAAUAUUCUCUUCUGCAGAGAGCUGGCUGCAAGACUGCAAGGCACCGGCGUGACAGUGUACAGUCUUCAUCCUGGGGUCAUCCGCACAGAGUUAGGACGACAUUUUCUCCCUACUGUACCUUUAUGGAAGAAGAUGAUAUUUUUGCCCCUUUUAUUGCUGAUCAAAAGUCCCUGGGAAGGAGCCCAAACCACCAUCUACUGUGCUGUAGAUGAGAGCCAGGCAAACGUCAGCGGUCUCUACUACAGUGACUGUGCCCUCAAACAGCCGAGACCACAGGCCUUGGAUGAUGCUGCAGCCAAGAAGCUGUGGGACCUCAGUGCUUCCAUGGUUGGUCUGGCUUAAACACAGCAGCCUGAUGUGCAUUUAUCAGCUCUUUCUCUGAUCUCAUAGACGCGAAUAUUUUGCACUACAAAAAUUUGCACUAUUUCUUCUAGGUACCAAAUAAAGGUAUUUUUCAGGGCCGAUCCUGAUGUUGAUUAUUCCGGUCAUGAUGAUAAUUGACAUUUAAAAGUGAUUUUCUUACUGUGACAUCAAUUGAUCGAGACUGGACAGUUUGUCUCCUCAUCUCCUGAAGUUACGUCUGCUGUUUUUGUUAAUAUUCGACUGUUCUAUCAUUUUUAUUGCCCACUAAGGCCAUUAUCUGCAAAAUAUAAUACUACCAUUUUGUAUGAUUUUUCCAGACUCUAUUUCAGGAUGAUCUGUGGGUGCUUCCUUAAUUAGCUGCUAGCCAUUAGCAUAGCCUUAGCCACUGUGAAAGCAGCUCAUGUCCUGGUUUGUGGUGAUGGCCGUGCUUCUUGCUCUGUUUCUGAAGGUUGUGUCUUUGCUGUUUCAGACGUGUCUCCCAGUUAGAGCAGACUGUUAGUCAGUCUUACUUUGAAAAGACAGUACUUACAAGUAGUGUUAGCUGCAGGCUAAGAGGUACAGAAAACCUCUUCUUCCAUCAAUACCCACCUCACUAACCACAAACCUCUCACAGUAGAUGGAAAAUUUAGCCUUAAUCUAGCACUAUCAGCAAAAUAAAUGGUGGUUGUACUGACACCAACAAGUAAAUUUUCAUGCAUUUUUCAUGUACUGAGGAAAAUGAGCAUGCUUGUUUAAGACUGUGAUGUUUAUGUUUAUAUUAUAUCUUCGAGAACAUCAGCUAAUUCAUCUCUGAAACACAGCUCCACUAUUUCAUUGGAGCUGCUCCAUUCAGCAGAUAUGCUCAUCCGUCCCUGUCUGUAAACAGUAGCUUUUAGUGUUGGUUGGCUAUUGCUCAUGAUGUGUAGCCAAUCAGAUAGUGCUGAGUAAAAGGAGCACAUUUACUUUAUGUUGUUACUUUAUGUUGUCAGUAAUCUCUUAAUAAUCUCCACCAAGGCUGCUCAGUCGUAUGAUUUCUGAUGGCUUAAAUCUUCAAAAAAUUUGUGUAUCCAGACUAUAAGCCACAUCAGUGCCAAAAUAUAAUCAGCUGGUCCUUUUGUCAUUUCUGACCUUGCCUGAAAAUCUCAUCCUUAUCCGUUAUUCCAUUUUUGAGUAAUGUUGCUAACAGAGAGACAGACAACCCAAUGCCGAUCAUCACAUAACUCCACUGAGGCUCAGCCUCCUUGGCGGAGUAACAAAGUUGGAAAAAUUCCAGAUAUUGGACCUGAUAAUCAGCUAGAAGAUCCCUGAUUUGUUCAAAUAAGGUAUAUUUCUUUAUCCUCAUGUUUGUACAUUUUAUAAUUUGUGGUUAAUUGUAUACUUCUGCUAUACUUCUAUAUCCAUAUUAAAACAAGGUUUGCUGAUAAA